CGUUGAGCAGCCGUUUUCUCGUCAGAAACACCGUAAAAACAGAGAGUACCGGUGAGUUAUCGGUGUGGUACCAAGGCUCGGUGUCGGUUAGCAUCAUGUCGAGCAUCCAGCUGCUCCGGGUCCUCGUUAACGAGCGGCUGUCUGCGGCCGCAGAGGAGAUCUUUGAAGCGGUGAAGAAGACCAUCGCGGGCUACGAGGAAGAGAUCCAGAUAUCCAGACGGGAGAUCCGCCGGCAGAGGAAAAUCCUGCAGACUGUCUCUAAAGAUCAGAUUAACUCCUCAGAGCCACCACAGCUUACUCUCUCUGUGUGGGACGAGGAGUGGAGCCCCAGUUUGGACCACAGCAACGUCAGCCAGCAGCCUCCACAAACAGAAAAGAUCCAGGAGGACCCUCCGAGCACACAGGAGGUGGAACCGCUUCAGGAACUGCAGGAGGACACGACCAUCAGGUUCAUUUUCACCUCGCCAUACGUGAAGAGCGAGCUCGAUGAGCUUCAGACGGAUUUUCAGAACAUAAAAACAGAAGGAGACCCUCUGCCGAGCACGUCAGCCGAACAGAACCAGACUAAAGUCGAGGAUGAGGACGGGGCUUCCGAUGUGUCUUCUGUAACCGACCACAGCGAUGAAGAGUGGAGGGGCGCUGCGAUAUCUCACGAUGACGACAGUGAGAGUGAAAGCUCCCCGAACAGAAUGGCGCCUGUCCAACCGGUCGCUCCAAAACCACAAACAACUAAAAAACUGAAAAACAGAAUCUCCUGUAAGAUCUGCGGGAGAGCCUUUCACGCCACCGUCUCUCUAGUCAAUCACAUGGAGGUCCACCCAAAGGACGUCUGCGGCGUGUGCGGGGAACGUUUGGAGACAGAGGAAGCGUUUCAAGUUCACCUGAAGACGCACGUGAAAGCUGAGAUCUGUAAGGUGUGUGGGAAAUGUUUCGGGGCGUCCAGCUCUCUGCAGACGCACAUGAGGAUCCACACGGGAGAGAAACCGUUUCGCUGCAACGAGUGUGGGAAAUCCUUCAACUGCCGGCACAACAUGAUGCGCCACUCCCGGAUUCACACGGGGGAACGGCCGUACUGCUGCACCGUCUGUGGAAAAUGCUUCAACGACUACACCACCUUAAAACGCCACCGUAUGACUCACGAGCAGAAGAAGAACAUGAUCCUGACUUACACUGCAAACGAAAAUGAACAUGGAGGCGAGACGGAGGCGAAAACGCCGUCGCCGAAGAAGCCGCUGAGUCGGACCGUUUGUGAAGUGUGUGGGAAAACGUUCCACUCCAUGGUGUCGUUGGUGAAUCAUGCCAAAAGUCACUCCACCGACCUCUGCGGCGUCUGCGGCAUGCACUUCGACUCCGAGGAAACCUUAAAGCUUCACCUGAAAACGCACAAAAACGGGAAAGUGUGCGAGGUGUGCGGGAAGUGUUUCGACAGCCAGGGGAACCUGGAGAUGCACAUGAGGGUCCACACGGGGGAGAAACCGUUCCUCUGCAGCGAGUGCGGCAAGUCCUUCAACUGUCGGCACAACAUGAUGCGACACAUCAGGACGCACACGGGGGAGAAACCGUACCUGUGCAACUUCUGUGGGCGGAGCUUUAGUGACCACUCCACUAUGAAGCAGCACACCAGCACACACACGGGAGAGAAGCCGCACCGCUGCGAGAUCUGCGGGAAAGGUUUCCACCGAAAGACAUACGUGAGGCUCCACAUGAAGAGCCACUCCAUGGAGUAGUAAACGGCGAGGUGGAGACGAACACUUUAGAAAACAAGAGCUGUUUUUACGUUUAAUGACGUUUUAUCAAUUCUUUUAGCCUUUCCCAAACUUAGGAAUGCUACGGCCCAGUUAGAGCCCUGAAAACCUUCUGGGAUCCUUUGCCCAAUCGAUUUGCCUUCAUAUUUUUAUUUCAUAAACAGAAAAUUUAAACGCCAACACUCAGUUUUCAGAGACAUUAGUGUUCCGAGGAAAAUAUUUACAAUCACAAAGUGCAGUUAUUGAGCCACGAAUGUUUCCAUUUGUUUUGAUCAAGGAUCUGCAAAGUCACCAUAAAUAUAACUAUAAAUAUAUAAAUGCAGGUGCAUCUGGAAAAAAUAGAAUAUCAUAAAAAAGUUUAUUUUUCCACUGUGAUAUAACCCUUUACCUACUGAGUCUA